AUGUCACUAAGUUUUUAUGCACUCAAAAGUGUUUUUCGAAUUUUGGUAUGUAAUCGAUUUACGAACCUUGAAGUAAAAGCAAAAAAAACAACAUACGAAGCAAAAAUUUUAAUUCGUAAUGGAACUUCAAAACAAUGGUCCCAUGGAAUGAUUAUUCCACAAUAUCAAUUAUUUUAUACAAAUUAUUCAAUUGAAUGGAAUGGAUAUCAUCUAUCAAUGAUCAGUAAACUAGCUUCGUGGACAACAGAUAUUCUUGAUCAAUCUCAAGGUAAUCUAUUAGCUCAAAUCCAAAGACGAUGGCUUUCAUGGGAAUUGAAUUAUCGAUUAGAUAUAUUUUCUGAUAAAGUAUUAAUACCUGAAUCAAUUUAUUUACUUGAACUAGCGGUAAUGUAUCGAGGUAGAAAUGGCUGA